AGAUGUUGCAGUAGAUGCUCAAAAUCUGUGCCAUCCCUUGCCUGUGAGUUGAAGGAGAGGCAAAACGAAGAGCAGAGGGCCAUGAAAUGGCUGAAUCGCAGGUGAUGGAACGGACUGCCGACCCGGCAAACUCCAACGGCAGGUUUACCAUCAGCACCCUGAUCAGCACCGAGGACAGAGGCAGGCCUCACUAUGGCCAGGGGGACACGGUUGCCUAUGAUGCUGCCCAAGCCAACCACCUCACCCACAACAACACUUUCUACAUGCGGACCUUUGGCUACAACACCAUCGAAGUUGUCCCCACUUACGAAAACUAUGCCAACACAAAAGUCUCCGGUGAAGCCAAGAAGACCAGACCUACCUUGUCCGAUCUACACUCAUUCCUCAAGCAAGAAAGUAGCCAUCUCCACCCGCCAGCGUACGAGCUCCACAGGGACAUCAUAUUUUCCGAAGAAGGAACCGAGGAGGAGGCUGGUGAGGGGGAUGCAAAGCCUCAGGAGGAACCUGUCCGUUUUGGGUGGGUUAAGGGGGUGAUGAUCCGUUGCAUGCUUAAUAUCUGGGGUGUGAUUCUGUACCUGCGGCUGCCUUGGAUCACUGCACAAGCUGGAAUAGCACUGACUUGGGUGAUCAUCCUGCUUUCUGUGACAGUGACCACCGUCACAGGACUGUCAAUCUCAGCCAUCUCCACCAACGGCAAAGUUAAAUCAGGUGGGACUUACUUCCUUAUUUCACGAAGCCUUGGGCCUGAGCUGGGAGGCUCCAUUGGCCUCAUCUUUGCCUUUGCCAACGCGGUGGCUGUGGCCAUGCACACAGUGGGUUUUGCAGAGACUGUGAGGGACCUGAUGCAGGAGCACAACUCUACCAUGGUCGAUCCCACAAAUGACAUUCGCAUCAUUGGGGUCAUCACAGUGACUAUAUUGCUUGGCAUUUCUUUGGCUGGGAUGGAGUGGGAAGCCAAGGCACAGGUUCUUUUCUUCUUUGUCAUCAUGAUCUCCUUUGUAAACUACCUUGUGGGAACCAUCAUUCCAGCCAGUGAGGAGAAACAAGCCAAAGGAUUCUUCGGUUACAGGGCGGACAUCUUUGCGCAGAACUUUGUGCCAAACUGGCGCGGGCCUGAUGGCAGUUUCUUUGGUUUGUUUUCCAUCUUUUUCCCAUCAGCCACUGGCAUCUUGGCAGGAGCCAACAUUUCAGGUGAUUUGAAGGAUCCUGCCGUGGCAAUUCCUAAAGGGACCCUCAUGGCUAUUUUCUGGACGACUGUGUCAUAUCUGAUUAUAUCUGCGACUAUUGGGGCAUGUAUGGUCCGGGAUGCCUCUGGAAACGUGAACGACACCGUCUCUGUUGGCUCUGUAGGCUGUGAAGGGAUCGCUUGCAACUUGGGCUGGAACUUCACGGAGUGUGCUCAGAGCCACACCUGUAACUUUGGGCUUAUCAAUUUCUACCAGAGCAUGAGCAUGGUGUCUGGCUUUGCACCACUAAUCACAGCUGGGAUCUUUGGGGCCACCCUCUCCUCUGCUCUGGCCUGCCUUGUGUCAGCACCCAAAGUCUUCCAGUGCCUUUGUAAGGACCAGCUCUACCCCGCCAUUGGCUUUUUUGGGAAGGGUUAUGGAAAAAACAACGAACCUAUCAGGGGUUACAUGCUGACGUACGUCAUUGCGAUUUGCUUCAUUCUUAUUGCUGAACUGAAUGCCAUUGCCCCCAUCAUCUCCAAUUUCUUCUUGUGUUCCUAUGCACUCAUAAACUUCAGCUGCUUCCAUGCGUCCAUUACCAACUCCCCAGGUUGGAGGCCCUCCUUCAAUUAUUACAGCAAGUGGGUGGCUCUCUUUGGAGCCAUUGUGUCCGUGGUCAUCAUGUUCCUGCUGACCUGGUGGGCUGCCCUCAUCGCCAUUGGAAUUGUGGUCUUCCUGCUCGGAUAUGUUCUCUAUAAGAAGCCAGGGGUGAACUGGGGCUCAUCCGUGCAAGCCGGUUCCUACAACAUGGCCCUGAACUAUUCUGUGGGGCUCAACGAGGUGGAUGACCACAUUAAGAAUUAUAGACCUCAAUGCCUGGUGCUGACUGGCCCUCCCAAUUUCCGCCCAGCCCUGGUGGACUUUGUGGGCACCUUCACCAAAAACCUGAGCCUGAUGAUUUGUGGGAAUGUGUUGAUUGGGCCAGGCAAACAGAUGAUGUCUGAGUUCCGUCUUGCUUCCAGAGGCCACGUCAAGUGGCUGACCAAGCGCAAAAUCAAGUCUUUCUAUACUGAUGUCUUAGCUGAGGACCUGAGAACUGGAGUUCAGAUUCUUAUGCAGGCUUCCGGUCUUGGGAGAAUGAAGCCCAAUGUCCUUGUGAUUGGUUACAAGAAGAAUUGGCAGGCUGCCCAUCCACAGACGGUGGAAGAAUACAUUGGGAUUCUGCAUGAUGCUUUUGACUUCAAAUAUGGCGUGUGCAUGAUGCGGAUGAAGGAGGGGCUCAACAUCUCCAGGCUCGUGCAGUCUCACAUUAACCCCGUGUUUGACCCAGCAGAAGAUCCACAGAAGAACAUUGAAGAGCCUCCUGUGAUAAGUACAUUGGACCCUGAUGCCUUGGUAGCAGAACAGCAAGCAAGCACUGCCUUCCAGAUAGAGCAGGGCAAGAAAACCAUUGACAUCUACUGGCUCUUCGAUGAUGGAGGCCUGACACUCCUCAUCCCUUACCUCCUUGGGCGCAAGAAGAGGUGGGGGAAGUGCAAGAUCCGGGUGUUUGUCGGAGGGCAGAUCAACAGGAUGGAUGAAGAGCGCAAGGCGAUCAUCUCCUUGUUAAGCAAGUUCCGACUUGGGUUUCACGAGGUCCAUAUUCUUCCCGACAUCAACCAGAAACCCCGACCUGAACAUGUGAAGAGAUUUGACGACUUAAUCGCCCCAUUCAGACUGAACGAUGGCUUCAAAGACGAGGCGAUGGUGAACGAGAUGAGGCACGGCUGCCCAUGGAAGAUUUCCGAUGAGGAAGUCAUGAAAAAUAAAGCUAAGUCACUUCGACAAGUAAGGAUGAACGAAAUCCUGCUGGAUUACUCGCGAGAUGCAGCCCUCAUCUUCAUAACGCUGCCGAUAGGCCGAAAGGGAAGAUGUCCUAGCAGCCUCUAUAUGGCUUGGCUGGAAACCCUCUCGCAGGACCUGAGACCCCCCGUCAUCCUGACCAGGGGCAACCAGGAGAAUGUCUUGACCUUUUAUUGCCAGUGAUUCUUGGGCAGCUGAAUCAAGAUGAAGUUGUUCCAGGCCAGAUCCUGCUCUUAGGACUUGGGCCUUCUGGAGGGUUUGUUUCUGGUGGUGGAAGGUCCACAAUAAAAGACUUGUGGUGUGAAUGAUGAAUAUUCCUGAGCUGUGGUGUGAAUGAUGGAUAUUCCGCCCUGCCACAAGUUGUUAAGAGGAAUAAUCUGACCAAUGGUCUCUGGUAGAUUUUGAUGGAUUGCUGAGGGGAUGUGGUUCACCAUGUGUCCUGCUGUACAGAGGAGAGUCCUUGAGUUGAAAGCAUCCUCUACUUCAGGUGUGGUGGUAUUUCCUGCCCCCCAUAUGUUGCUGAACUACAACUACCAUCACCCCCUGGCCAUGUUUGCUGGGGCUGAUGAUGGGAGUUGUAGUUCAGCAACAUCUAUAGGGCCAAAACUUCCCAGUUUAAUGGUUGCUCAGUCUAAGUUAAAUAGGGUUGCCAUAUUUCAAAAAGUAAAAAUUCCUGACAUCUGCAAAGUUGGGUGUUUUUUUUGGGGGGGGGGAAUAGUGAUUUUAAUCUUCUGGAACUGUUCCUGCUGUUUUCCCACCACAUUGACAUACAUCCAGGUUUUCCAUGACAUUUUCCCUGAUGCCACUUUUACACCUGAAAACCAGGACGUGUCAGGAAUUUUCCUGAUGUAUGGCAAGCCUAAAGUUAAAGACUAAUAAAAUUAUGGGUGGGGGCGGGGCUCGCAGUAGUCCAUCAUUAAUUAGAACCCGGGUGGCAGAUUGAGCAAGUAUAGAGGUUGACACCUUCCCCACUAUGGUGAAAUGGAUUGUAUUUCUAUUCAAACUGUAGCAAUUCUUUCCAAAUUUGCAUCUAUACCUAUAAAAUAUCACAUGCACUGUU